UUACUUCCUUCUUCUUCCGGUCCCCUCAGAGGCAGAGCAAAGAUGGCGGACGCUUCGGACCGAGCUCUAGGCUCCGCUUUAUGUGCGGAUUUUCUGAGCUUCUCCGCCCGCGACACGGCGUCGGCGUGGCUGGCGGCCCCGGACUUGGCCACGCCUCUUUACGCUCACCUGGCGCGGCUUGUGCCUCAGCUGCUGAGGGAGGGGCAGGGGGCGGGGCCGAGGGAGGAGCAGAGGGAGGAGCUUGGCGUUCAGCUGCUCCUAUUGGCUCCUUUGGAGUGGCUGCUGCUGGGGGAGGAGCCUAGCGCCGCUUUAGCCGCGCUGAAGGAAGCGAACAGCGGAUCAGCGUUGUGCGGGCACGUGUUCAGAGUGGGAGAGCCCACCUACUCCUGCAGGGAGUGUGCUGCAGACCCGACCUGUGUCCUCUGUAUGAACUGUUUCCUCAAGAGUGUCCACAAAGACCACCGCUACAGAAUGACGACUUCUGGAGGAGGAGGUUUCUGUGACUGUGGAGACUCUGAGGCCUGGAAACAAGGACCCUCCUGCAGCUCCCACCUGCCCAAAGACCAAGACCAAGACCAGGACCAGGUAAGACCAGAACCCUCCUGCAGCUCCCACCUCCCCAAAGACCAAGACCAAGACCAGGACCAGGACCCGGUUCAGUCCCUGGAUCCAGACCUGGUCUAUCGGGCUUUCCGGGUCUUUAGGACGGUCCUGAGAUACGCUGUGGACAUGCUGACCUGGGACCAGGAGACCAACCUGCCCCCCGGACUGGAACCCCCGGAGAAGGGCGACACGUUUUACUGCGUGUUGUUUAAUGACGAGGUUCACACGUACGAGCAGGUGAUCUACACUCUGCAGAAGGCCGUCAACUGCAGCCAGAAGGAGGCCGUGAGCUUCGCCACCACCGUGGACCGAGAGGGUCGUACGUCUGUGCGUUUUGGAGACUUUCAGUUCUGUGAACAGGCCAAGUCUGUGAUCGUGAGGAACACUGGUCGUCAGUCGAAGCCUCUGAAGGUUCAGGUGAUGCACUCGUCUGUCGUUGCUCAUCAGAUCUUUGCCCUGAAGACUCUGGGGUGGCUCUCUCAGAUCAUCUCCUGCUCAGACGGCCUGAGGAGGGUUCUGUGUUCUGUGGCGCUGGAGUCUGGUUCUGGUUCUGACGGGACUCUUGUGGAUCGACUGAUGCUCAACGACUCAAAGAUGUGGAAAGGGGCUCGGGUCGUGUACCACCAGCUGCUGAUGAACAGUCUCCUCAUGGAUCCUCAGUACAAGAAAGUGUUUGCUCUGCACUUUGCUCAGAUCUACGAGCGUCUGCAGAGUGAUUAUGUGAAGGACGAUCACGACAGAGAGUUUUCCAUCACCGACCUGUCAGUGCAGAUCUUCACUGUGCCCUCACUGGCCCGGGUCCUGAUGCUGGAGCAGAACCUCAUGUCUGUGAUCAUCAGGACGUUCUUGGAUCAUCUCAGACACAGAGACCUUCAGGGACGGUUCCAGUUCGACAGAUACACGGCUCAGCAGGCCUUCAAGUUCGGACGGGUCCAGAGCCUCAUCGGGGACCUUAAGUAUGUUCUGAUCAGUCGUACUUCAGACUGGACUGAUGAGCUCAGAGUCAAGUUUUUGGAUGGAUUUGAGGCGUUUCUGGAACUUCUGCGUUGUAUGCAGGGUAUGGACGCGGUGGUGCGGCAGGUCGGGCAGCACAUUGAGAUGGAGCCCGAGUGGGAGGCGGCGUUCACUCUCCAGAUGAAACUCACCCCCAUCAGCACCAUGAUCCAGGACUGGACCAGGACUGAUGAGCGCGUCCUCAUGGAGGCGUACCGCCGGUGUCUGAGCGCGCUCAGUCAGUGUCUCAGCGGAUUGGCUGAUGGGGAACAGCCAAUCAGCUUGAGCCUGGCGGGUCACAUGGUCGAGACCUUCAGGUACCAGGUGUCUCAGGACAAAGUCUCCAUCCACCUGCCGCUGUGCCGCAUGCUGGCAGGGCUUCACGUUCUCCUGAGUCGCACUGAAGUCGCCUCACGGUUCCCCGAGCAGCUGCCUCUUGGGGAGCUGAGUCCUCCUCUGCUCAUCGAGUUACCGCUGCGCUGCCUCGUGCUCUGUGCACAGGUGCAUGCUGGGAUGUGGAGGCGCAACGGAUUCUCCCUCAUCAACCAGAUUUAUUAUUAUCACAAUGUGAAGUGUCGAGUGGAGAUGUUUGAUAAAGACCUGAUCAUGCUCCAGGUGGGAGCGUCGAUGAUGGAUCCAAAUCACUUUCUGAUGAUCGUUCUGAGUCGAUUUGAACUGUUCCACAUUUUUAGCUCCACCGAUGCACGAAAGAGACUCAGAGAGAGCAACAAGGAUGUGCUUCAGCAGAACAACACUCUGAUCGAGGAGAUGCUGCACCUCAUCAUCAUGGUCAUAGGCGAGCGGUUCGUGCCCGGCGUGGGGCAGGUGGAGCUGCUGGAGGAGGUGAGGAGAGAAAUAAUUCAUCAGCUCUGCAUCAGACCCAUGGCCCACAGCGAACUCAUCAAAGCUCUGCCCGAGAACGGAAACAAAGAGACUGGUUUGGAGCGGGUCAUCGACAGUGUCGCCUCCUUCAGGAAGCCCGGUGUGACGGGGCGGGGUCUGUACGAGCUGAAGCCCGAAUGGACCAAACACUUUAACCUGUACUUCCACCACUACAGCCGCGCUGACCAAUCAAAGGCAGAGGAGGCACAGAGGAAGGCCCGCUCCCAGUCAGGCUCCGGGUCAGGCUCCGGGUCUGGGUCUGGGUCUGGUCCUGGUCCUGGUCCUGGUCCUGAUCCUGGUCUGGCUCUGGUCCCUCCGGUCCCUCCUCUCUUCUGUCCUCUGUUUGCCAGUCUGGUGAACCUUCUGCAGUGUGAUGUUCUCCUCAGCCUGGAGUCCACCGUCCUGCAGUGGGCCUCAGAACCUGUGUCCACGGGCUGGACUGAGAGUAUGCUCCAGAGAGUGCUGCAUCUGAUUGCGAUGGCUCUGAUCGAGGAGCAGCAGCACCAAUCAGAGCACGACGGAGGGUGGAACUACGUUUCUGAUCUCAGUUUUGCUCCAAAUCAAACGAAAGAAAUGGAAGAAAAGAUCAUGGACCUGCACAAGAAACUCAGGGGCAUGUCUCCAUCUGAGGCUGAGAGUCAUUUUCUGGAGAAUGUGAAGAAGUUGUCGAUGUACGGAGUCGACAUGCACCACGCCACUAUGGUCGGGAGCAGAGUUGAAUGUUUAUCCACCAAAACAGAGGACUCGGGGGGCGUGGCCAUCACACUGGGCGUGUGCAGUAGCGGGCUUCUCGUUUACAGAGACCGACUCCGGAUCAACCGCUUCUCCUGGCCCAAAGUCCUGAAGAUCUCCUACAAGAGGAACAACUUCUACAUCAAGGUCCGGCCCGGAGAGAUGGAGCAGUUCGAAUCGAUCAUCAGCUUCAAACUCCUGAACCACAGAGCUGCAAAACGCCUCUGGAAAGUCUGUGUGGAGCACCACUCGUUCUUCAGGUGUGUGUCUCCUGAGGAUCCUCCGAAGAGGUUCAGUCUUGGGUCUAAGUUCCGGUACCAGGGCCGGACUCAGGUCCAGAGCCGUAGAGCCAGCGCCCAGAUCCACCGACCUGCACCGCAUUUCCCACGAUGCAUCAGCAAACGGAGCAUGCUCAGUCGCAGCCUGGACGGAGACAUGGGGCGGGACCUUUACGCCGCGUCCAGAGCCAUCGCCGGCAGUGACCUCAUCGCCGCGGUAACCACAGAAGACCCCGUCACCAUAGUAACCACCGAGGGGUGGGUAGAACCAGAAUCACCAAAGGAGGCAGAGUCUGUGCACAAAGAGGAGGAGCCUCCACAAGAAGAGGAGGGGCCUGAGGACAGAUGGGCGGAGCCUGAGGAGGUGUGGCAGAGCCCACCCACUCACAGGCAGGACACAAAGACGGAGCUCAGUGACACUGUGGAGGGAGAACUGUCCAACACCGAGUCGGACGAGGACCUGAAGACUCAGGACACUCUGGGCAGCCCCAACGAGAACCAGGUCCAGACCCAAGACCAGAGCCAGGUCCAGAUGAGGUCCGAGGUUCGGUCUGAGGCCCGGUCCGUGUCGGCCCUGAGGAGGUCCUUCCUGGAGGAGGGUUCCCCCAUCAGAGGCGUCUCAGAGUGGGACCGACGCCUCGCCUCGUCCCCCGUCCGCCACCGCGAAGACUCCCCCAUGAUCACCCCCCUGGACCCAGAAGACCAGAGACCAGACCAGGAUCCAGACCAGAGACCAGACCAGGAUCCAGACCAGAGACCAGACCAGGAACCAGCCCAGGGCCUGGAGGAGAGCCUGGAUGGACCAGCGGAGACUCACCUGGAGAACGGCACCGAGAGGAACAACUCCCCGAUGAUAGAACCUCUAGAACCAGAACAGAUUUCUCCUGAGCUCAGCGCUUUACUUCGGUCCGACCGAGACCAGAGCGUCCUGAGAGAACUCAACCUCCUCAAGACCUCGGAGAAGGUGGAGCGGAUCUUCGUGCCGCCGGAGUCAUGUGACACUCAGGUCCCAGUCCUGCGACAAACUCUGACCUACGAACCUCCGGAGAGAAAGCUGGACUCGGGACUUGGAUCUGGUCUGGUCUUGAGUUCUCAGACCUUCACAUCAGAAACUGCAGUUUCCACGGCAACAACUCACAUCACCAAGAUGGUCAAAGGGGGCGUGUCUCAGACUCGGAUCGAGAAGAGGAUCGUGAUUUCAGCGUCUGAGAUCGACCAAGACCAGGCUGUAGCAGAGGUUCUGUCUGAGACCCGGCGUCUGCACCCAGACCUGGACUUGACCCGGGUCGUGGUCCACAAAGAGACCGGGUUCGGUUCUGAUCAUGUGACAGAGCCCUGAUGAUGUCACAGGUUUGAGGUUGUGGUGCAUCAUGGGAGUUGCAGUUCAUGGAGUCUUCAGAAGGACUACAAAACAAGCCACCAAAAAACUACAAAUACACUAAUCCACCACUUCCACCGGAGACCGGAGCCAUGAAAACCAGGACUGGGUCCUGCCUGAACCUAAUCCCGGUCCGGCCCCCGGUCCCCGGUUCGGUCCGGCCCCCGGUCCCCGGUUCGGUCCGGCCCCCGGUCCCCGGUUCGGUCCGGUCCGGUCUGACCCUGUAUCUUUGGCAUGUGUUGCUUCUGUAGUUUGAGCUUUAAGCACAAUUGAAACGCCGCUCACCUUUUUUCUUUAUUUAUUUCUUUAUUUCAACAUUAGUUUUUUUUAAUUACUGAUUAGUUUCCUGUUCCUGUGGGCCCACGUGCGCCCGUGUGC